CGUUCUUCGAGGUUCGAGUGGUCGUGCGAAGAAUAUUACAUUAGAUGACGACGACGAAGGCGAAAGUAAACUUCAUUGUUGAUGGGUAAUACGGCGGCUAUCUCGGCGAAAACUUGUUACUGCGAUUGUUGUGCUGUUACCGAAUCGUCAAAUUUGCGCAGGUCCCCGCUCCAAUCCUCCGCCACCGCUGUUGGCCACUCGAACGAAACCCAACUCGUUCGGAAUAAGUUUGAUUCCAGUCAUCAACUGAAAACAGCUGUCGAUAGUAAUACCGAUAAAAUGAGCGAAUGUAGCAGAAAAAUCCAACCGAUGGAUACGCCAAAUCAAAAAGGUACCAAUGAUGGAUACUCCCUCGGUCCAGGAUUCAAUACUUUUCGUGGAACUGAUUUCGUCAAAGAUGGGAGAUUAAAUAAGGGUCUAGCAUAUUCGAUCGACGAAAGACAGAAAUUGGGAAUUCUCGGAUUAGUACCACCGGCAGUGCAAACGCAAGAACAGCAAUUGGAACAAGCCAAAGCGAAUCUCGAUCGUCUCACCGUACCCUUAGAUAAAUAUGUUUAUUUAUCGAAUUUAUCCGAAUCGAAUGAAAAACUAUUCUAUAAAUUAUUGAUGAGCAAUGUCCAAGAAUACAUGCCAUUGGUGUACACCCCGACGGUCGGAGAAGCCUGUCAAAAAUUCAGUUUACUUUUCCAAAAACCACCUCGCGGAUUAUUCAUCACCAUUCACGAUAAAGGACACGUUUACGAUGUGCUGAGAAAUUGGCCUGUAGAAGAUAUCCGUGUAAUUGUCGUCACAGAUGGAGAACGUAUCCUCGGUCUGGGUGACUUGGGAGCCAACGGUAUGGGAAUCCCGGUUGGAAAAUUAUCACUGUAUACCGCACUGGCCGGUGUGAAGCCUAGUCAAUGCCUUCCUAUUACUUUGGAUGUAGGAACAAAUACCGAAAGCAUUUUAAAAGACCCCUUAUACAUCGGACUACGUCAAAAACGUGUCACUGGCAAAGAAUACGAUGAUUUCAUCGAAGAAUUCAUGCAAGCUGUUGUUCGACGUUUCGGACGUAAUUGUCUAAUCCAGUUCGAAGAUUUUGGUAACUCGAAUGCAUUCCGUUUACUCGAAAAAUACCGCAAUAAUUACUGCACCUUUAACGACGAUAUCCAAGGUACUGCUUCAGUAGCUGUGGCCGGAUUACUCGCUGGUAUGAGAUUACUCAAGACUCGUCUCUCAGAUCACACCAUCUUGUUCCAAGGCGCAGGAGAAGCUUCCUUGGGUAUUGCUCAACUUUGCGUGAUGGCUAUGCAAAAAGAAGGCACGUCCGAGCAAGAUGCCAAAGAUAAAAUCUGGAUGGUUGAUUCGAAAGGUUUAAUCGUUAUCGACAGACCCGAAGGCGGUGUUACUGGACACAAGAAACUCUUCGCCAAGAACCACCAACCGAUCAAAGAUUUAUAUUCGGCUGUACAGAAAGUCAAACCGUCCAUUUUAAUAGGAGCUUCUGCUAUCGGCGGCGCCUUCACACGAGAAAUCAUCACCGAAAUGGGUAAAAACAACAAAAGCCCAGUCAUUUUCGCCUUAAGUAAUCCGACUUCGAAAGCCGAAUGCACAGCCGAACAAGCCUACAACUACACUGACGGUAGAGCCAUCUUCGCCAGUGGUUCACCAUUCGAUACGGUCGUAUACCAGGGUAAACGAUUCGAACCUGGUCAAGGUAACAACGCUUACGUAUUCCCUGGAGUCGGUCUGGGUGUCAUUUGCGCCGGAGCUUCGACCAUUAGCGACGAACUGUUUUUGAUGAGCGCUCAAACUUUAGCCGAUUUAGUUCAAGAAAGUGACCUCGAGGUUGGUAGAUUAUACCCUCCUCUACAAAGCAUCACUCAAUGUUCCGUUAAAAUUGCCACUAACGUUAUGAAAGCUGCGUAUCAAACUGGCGUUGCUACUACAUUCCCUGAACCUUGCGAUUACGAAGAAUACGUCAAAUGCCAGAUGUAUUCUACGGAUUACGAGUCAACUGUUCCGCCCACGUACUCAUACCCAAAAAACUAAUAAGCUCAAAGCUGUAAAUCUACACGCAAUAUUAUUUUACAAAGAUUACCGAUAACAUAUUCGACCAAAUUUACCUCAUGUUGUAUUUUCGUUCAUGUUUUUCAUUUUGUGAAUCAACGAUUAACACUAAUGUAUCUUUUGUUUUCUAAUAAUAACGUUGAUUUUUAUGUAAUCGAUUUUUUCCCCUCUCCUGAUACGAAAAUUUUCCGAAUUUAUAAAACAAAAUUGCCAUCGCAAUAAUCGUACUUAGUUUGAAAAGCAAAUACCUAUUGUUGUGUUGUUUUAUUUUAAAUUAUUCCAAGGUGUUGUAUAUUAUUUAAAAAACGAAUAAAAAACCAUUAUUGUUAUUUUAUAAAAAUGACAUACAUAAUAUUAUAGAUCCUACGUGUGAUAAUGUAAACUAUCUGUAUAUUUGUUUUUCUUUUCUUUUUUCUGUGUUCGUUGGUAUUAAUAAAAUGGUUUGAUAAUAUC